AUGGCUAAAUGCUCCAUGAGCAAUAAGUAUUUUUGGGAAUUAGAGAAUACAAAUAUGCCAGUUAGUACCUGGUUUAUGGUCAAUCAGAAAUUCUCCAUGUCCGGAAUUGUUAUUAUUUCCACAGCCGGUGGAAUGACUUCGGUCAUGGUUACACUGCUAAAUUUAACUGUUCUACGAACCAAAUAUUUUUGGGAUACCUACCUUAGAAAUACAAUGCUUGUUGGAAUUGGUCAAUUAUUUCUUGGGGAAUUAACAGUAUCUAUUGCGAUGUAUCUACAUAUGAGCGAAUUAAAACCUGGUCCUCAUAAACAGAUUAAACUUUUUGUAACCCAUAUUCUCUACAUUUUCUUUGGUAUUUUCUUGCUAGCUGCAGCCUUAGAAAAUGUCAGACGAUUAAUAAGAUUUAAAUUGCCUAGCAAUGUUAUCGUUCCAUUGCAAUCUCUGGAUAGUAACCGCAAUGAUGGGAAUUUGCCCAUUGAAAGGCAGUUAGGUGUUAGCGUCGGAAAUGAACAUGAGAUAUUAAAUCCUGAAGCAAGAUGCAAUGAUACUAAUUCGCAAACUCAUCGCGAAAUGGGAUCAUCGUCGCCUAAUUUUCAUGAACAUUCCUCAGAUAUUCUACCUUCCUAUGACGAAGCAACCAAUAAGAUUCGUCAAGAUUCGCCUUCCGAUGAUAAAGGGGGUCCAGUUUUAUCUCCGUUUGAAUCAACGCUAACAGUCAGGGCUGUAACUGAAUGCUCAAGCCCUUAUUGCGAAACUACUGUGUGA